AUGGCGCCUGACCUGUCCAGCAAGAACAUCUCCUUCAUUGGAGGCGGCAACAUGGCCGCGGCCAUCAUCUCCGGCCUGGUCAGCAAGGGCUUCGACAAGCAGAGGAUCCACGUCUCGGAGCCCUGGGACGUCAACCGGCAGAAGAUGGCCGACCUGGGCGUCAAGACCACCACGUCCAACCUCGAGGCCGCCGCCGGCGCCGACGUCCUCAUCGUCGCCGUCAAGCCCCAGGUCGCCAAGACGGUGUGCCAGGAGCUGGCCGGGGCCGACGCCUGGUCCGCACCCGGCGCAGAGCUGCCGCUGCUCGUCUCCAUCGCCGCGGGCAUCACAAGCGACAGCCUGCGCAAGUGGAGCACAACCCCCUCCGGCGCCGCCCCGCCUGUCGUGAGGGUCAUGCCCAACACCCCUGCGCUUGUGGGCGAGGGCGCAAGCGGUCUCUACGCCGCCGGGGGUGGCGUCUCGGCCGAGCAGAAGGAGCUCGUCACCGCGCUCAUGAGCAGUGUCAGCAAGGCCACCGAGUGGGUCGACAAGGAGGAGCUGCUGGAUGUUGUCACCGGCCUGUCUGGUUCCGGCCCGGCAUACUUCUUCGCCAUCGUGGAGCACCUGGUGGCGAGCGCCACGCGCCUCGGCCUCUCGGAGGAGCAGGCAACGCGCCUGGCCAAGCAGACGUGCUUUGGAGCCGGCAAGACCAUGCUCGAGUCGGCCGAGACCCCGGCGCAGCUGCGCAGGAACGUGACCAGCCCCAACGGCACCACACAGGCCGCCCUCGAGAGCUUCGAGGCGUCCGGCCUGGCGGGCAUCGUCGACAAGGCGGUCGAGGCAGCAACCAGGAGGGGCGAGGAGCUCGGGAGGACCCUUGCGGAGCAAUAG